GGGCGUAUCCAAGUUUACUAACUUGCAGUACUAACACCAUUCCCUCCUCAUAUACCAUAUUUAUAAUAGCAUAUCCCGCCCACCCAUCUCUCUGAUACAUGGGUAUUCAAGACCGCACGGACGAGUUUCACACCUGUGUCGAAUCUAUACGUCACAGAUCUGCCUUUCCCCCACGCGGAGCAGAAGUGAAGCAGAGGCUGCUGCAAACGUAUGAAAAGAGUCGAGCAAAGAGUGAUUUUUCGCGUAUGGCGGCGGCUAUUGGGAAGGAUAUCAGUAGUACGACGAUUAAGCUUGGGAAGUUGGCGCAAUUGGCCAAGCGUAAAACUUUAUUUGACGACCGGCCAGUGGAGAUUAGCGAACUAACGUUCAUCAUCAAGCAAGAUAUUGCUGGUAUCAACAAACAAAUUGCAGUACUACAGGCAUAUAUCAAGCAGAAGAACACACCGGGGUCGCAGAAGUCGUCAGAAGGGAAGCAGCUAGAUGAACAUACUCACAAUGUGGUCAUGAUGCUCCAAAACAAGCUCGCUGACACCAGUAUGAGCUUUAAAGACGUUCUUGAGUUACGAACACAAAACAUGAAAGAAGCCAGGGACCGUACAGAAAAAUUCAUGCAUACUACCUCUUCUGCUACCAACCAUGCCCCGCCAAGCUCCCUGCUUUUUAAUAACCAAGACCCAAUGGGCGAUGGUAGUCUAGGUCGUACGAAUUCAAAGGGCAAAGGGCGAGCUCCGCGAAAUGACGAUGUCCUCGCACUCAACCAUCUGUCCGCGGAAGAAGGAUUUCACACCCAGACCAGAGGAGCAUUUAUGCAAAUGCAACUCGCUGAGCAACAAGAUAACUAUAUUCAAUCGCGUUCUACGGCCAUCGAAUCUAUUGAGUCUACCAUCGCCGAGCUCGGUCAAAUAUUUACUCAACUGGCAAAUAUGGUCGCGGAGCAGCGAGAAACAGUUCAGCGAAUCGAUGCAGAUACUAUAGACAUUGCAUCAAAUGUGAGUGGUGCACAGAGGGAACUGUUGAAGUAUUACGCCGGCAUAUCAAGCAACCGUUGGCUGAUGCUAAAGGUUUUUGGGGUGUUGAUCGUGUUUGUCAGUCACCGUCUUUCCUUAUCUUUGUCCUUGUCUCUUAGUUCGGACGCCGGGCGCCUCGCCUUCAGAAUAUAUUAUUUAUUUACUUGGACUCUCACGACGUCUAUCACGGCUUUUGAAAGGGUUAUCAUAGACAAUGACUUAUAAAUAAAAUACUGUAAAGAUCCUAAGCACUAUCACCCAACUGGUAUAGCAUUAACACCGGUUGCCCAGUCUUUGACUCUUGGUCUCUUACAUUCAGUAUCCCUCUUACCGUCACGAUGUUGUGCCGUCUCCAUACUGUCUUCAACUGUCCAUGUUCUCUUCUUAGUUGCAGCCUGGUCGAUACCCGAGGUCGUCGAGUACCGUUUAGGACCGUCCGGUCGUGCAGCCGCUCUACCAUCGUUGGAUACUAUCUGCCUUCCCAAUCGCUUGCGCUGCAGCCAUACAAAAUACCUCGUUACUGUACGUUCUUCGCGCGCAGUCAGAUUAAUCACUCACACGCUGCAUUUCCAACUCCUUAUUACGCUCCUUACUUCUCCCUCCACCUCCCACCGUAAGCUCUACAUUGAUU